AAAUCAUGGUCCUCCUUCAAUAAAGCUAGAGUCAUUUGAGAGUUUUUACAACUACGGAAGAGCAAUCAUGAACACCCCAUCAAGAUUAGUGAACCGGGUCAUGGCUCGGUCCAUGGAUGAAGUGGAGUUAGUUGAGGCAAAGAAACAGAGCCAGCAUGAGAUGAAGAGAACACUAUCUUGGUGGGACCUGAUGUGGUUCGGAAUGGGAAGUGUGAUUGGGUCAGGAAUCUUUGUGCUAACAGGGCUUGAGGUUAAGAACCAUGUGGGCCCCGCUGUUGUGUUGUCCUAUGUUAUCUCUGGCAUUUCAGCCAUGUUGUCUGUCUUAUGCUACACUGAAUUUGCUGUUGAAAUUCCUGUCGCAGGUGGUUCCUUUGCAUACCUGAGAGUAGAGCUUGGCGACUUCAUAUCCUUCAUAGCAGCCGGAAACAUCCUCCUUGAAUAUGUGAUCGGCGGCGCCGCCGUGGCGCGCUCCUGGACAUCUUACUUCGCCACCCUAUGCAACCAAGAUUCCGACAAGUUCCUGAUCCAAGUCAAAACCCUCCCUCACAACUACAACCAGCUCGACCCUCUCGCCGUUCUCGUCCUCAUCGCCGUCUCCAUCUUCGCAAUCUUGAGCACCAAGGCAUCUUCCCGCUUAAACUACAUCGCCUCCUUCGUCCACGUCAUCGUCAUUCUCUUCAUCAUAGUUGCAGGCUUGACCAAAGCCGAUGCAAAAAAUUAUUCCGAUUUUGCCCCUUUCGGAGCUCGCGGCAUCUUCCAAUCCGCGGCGGUUUUGUUCUUCGCUUACGUGGGAUUCGACGCGGUUUCCACCAUGGCGGAGGAAACGAAGAAUCCUGGAAGGGACAUACCGAUUGGGCUAAUUGGAUCGAUGGUGAUGACUACAUUGAUAUACUGCAUGAUGGCGGUUACACUGUGUCUGAUGCAGAACUAUAGCAAAGUUGAUGAGAACGCUGCGUUUUCCGUUGCGUUUGAAGCGGCGGGGUUGAGAUGGGGAAAGUACAUUGUUGCCCUUGGAGCCUUGAAAGGGAUGACCAGUGUUCUUCUUGUUGGUGCGGUGGGACAAGCAAGGUACCUCACACACAUUGCAAGAUCUCAUUUGUUACCAUCAUGGUUGGCUCGGGUGAAUCCCAGAACAGGGACACCAAUCAAUGCAACAACCAUCAUGCUUUUCGCCACCGCCAUUAUCGCCUUCUUCACAAGCCUCGAUGUCCUCGCAAACCUCCUCUCAAUCUCAACUCUCUUCCUCUUCUCUUUGGUGGCAAUAGCCCUCUUGGUUCGCCGCCACUACGCCCACGGAGCCACCAAGAAAUCCGACGUGGCAAAAUUCUGUGUCUGCAUUAGUCUCAUUGUGGGUUCCUCUGUUGCCUCUGCGGUUUACUGGACUCGCACUGAAGGGUGGUUUGGUUAUGCCGUCACGGUUCCCCUCUGGUUGGUUGGAACAAUGGGGAUUUGGAUCUUGGUUCCCAUUGCAAAGAAGGCAAAGAUUUGGGGUGUUCCAUGGGUUCCAUUGUUGCCAUCAGCUUCUGUUGGAAUCAACAUUUUCCUUCUUGGUUCUUUGGAUAUGGCUUCGUUUAAGAGAUUUGGAUAUUGGACUCUGAUUUUGGUUGUGUAUUACUUGCUUGUGGGAUUGCAUGCUUCUUAUGACAUUGCAAAGCUACGUGAUCAUAAUAAUAAUAAGGAGAAGGAGAACCAAUUGAAUUUGGAUGAAGAAAAUCAAAAUAAUGGUGUUCUAGCAUUGUCACAAAGUAGUGGAAAUUAAACAACGAAGAUGAAAACUCAGGUGCAGUCGACUUCACGUAAAGUUGAUAGU